GAAACCUUAGGAAGAGAACGAAGAAGUGGCACAAAUCUUGUUGCAAUCAUUAGAGCUGAGUGGAAUUUACAAUAUAUAAAAAGAAAUGAUUUCUGGAAACAAAAUCAAGUUUGUGGUUUUUGAAGUCUUUCAGUUUGCUGCUCUAUGUGCUCCGACAAUUGUUGUUGCAGAACGGUUUGCCUCGAUUGUCAUGGAAAAAAAUUCACCCGCGGACUUAAAAUCAUAUCAACUCAUAGUGGCCUGUUCAGUGGCAUAUGUUGCAUGUGUGUCUUUGAUCAUAUGGAUUCCACUGAAGUUUCUGAUGUUCAAAAAGCGCAUUCUGUCUAAUGUGAAAGAAUGGCAGCCAGCCUUACUCAUGCAGCUGAUUUUCACAACACUACCUUGCUUUGGUUUUAUAAUUGCAGGUUCACAGGCACAGUAUGGCAUAACCGCAAUCAAAAACUUUUCGGAUCUUCCUGUGUCCCUGGUCAUAAUGUGCUUGAUUCUUGUGAGUAUCAUUGAAAACCUACGUAAAUGGCAGCUGACUGGAAAAAUUGUUGGUACUUUUAGUGAUUCGAUAUUUGCAACCGAUGGACCUGUGCUCACAAACAUAGAACAAAUCUCAGCUGUCUCUGCGCAGCAAGACAAAGGACGUGAGGAAAAUCAGACAGCCGCAGAAGUGACAGAAAAUGAAAUUGCUUCAUCUGUGGCACCAAGAGUAUCAAACAAAUCUCAAAGUGUAUUGCAGUUAAGGUCACAUGCAACAAGUACUGACCACAGCACAUUAGAACAUAAAGUUCCAGCCUCUCUCAAAGUUCUAGCAGUGAAGGACUACAGAGCUGAAGUAUUUGUAACAAGUAUUAUUAAUUGGUUGGAUACCGUAGAGUUAGUUAGAGUUGCAGGCCUUCAAGGUGUAUUCACAACAGGAUGGGUUUACCCCAUUUAUAUUUUUAGCUAUUUGUCACUUUUUAGAAUUGUUCUACAUUCAGCAAAUCCAUUGUUACCUUCUUUGGCAAUUAUGUUGCAGGAUUUCCCAUUCUUUUUUGUUCGUGUUAGCUUGAUCGGAGUCAAGGGAUUUGUGACCCCUGUUUUAUACCCAUUAAAGAAUAUAAUUGUUAUCACUACAUUUAUUUAUUUCAACUAUGUGACAAAAUGUAAAUACUUCAACCAUACACAGCAAUUUUAAAAUUUGCAUCUCAAUUGAUUAAUUCUAUGAUUUUAUAUUUAUUGUACCAUCGUCUUGGCAAUAUUUUAAAAGAAAAUGAUCUGAAACAAUGGCUUGUUUUUUAGAAGCAUCAUUAGGUAGUGACAUUAAUUAGUAUGGCAUUUGUUCAAUUCUUCUGUCAUGAGUUCUCACUCUCAAGCAGACUGCUGUGGGAAGGAACUGAACAUGAUGUGCCUCCCCAAAAGAAAAGGGAAAAUUAAAGUGAGAUAUCGCAGUGUUAGGUUUUGAAUUUUUUGUAAUCCUAAAUACUUUCUAUAAUUGCUUUGCUUUUUGUUAUCUUCCAGAAAAUGAUUCCAUAUACAAUUGCUGAGAAACAUCGCCUCAAAGGGCAAUGUUUUCAGAAUGAAGCAAUAGGAUGAUAGUUAGCUCAAGGACUUCUGUCUCAUAAGAAACAAUUAAUGGUGAUGGAAUAUCUCUCAAUUGGCUUCUGUAACUUUGGUGAGAGUUUGAAGCAAACCUCAGAUCCACUUGUAAACAGGGUUGCCACCAAUCUUCCAAUAAAACAAUAGUAGUUGAUCAGAAGAAUUCUCAAGGAAACUCUGGUGAUGAUAUGUUUGGUACAGUUCCAUGAAAGUCAGGCAAUCUUUAAAAUCUCAGUUGAAAGGCCUUUCUUCAUGUAGGUACCUGCACACUGAAUGUUGAUAGGGUCAUUUGACUGUGGGCAGGGUAUCUUGACCAAGCCAAUUCCGUUUAUACAAUAAUAGCUGCUGGGCAAAGUUGAAGAGCAGGGCUGCUGGCUUUUGUUUUGUCCCUUCUGAGUUCAGGGACACUCAUUUCAAUUGUAAUUCCCCUACUCCCUUUCAGGCUCAGCACAGACCAACACAGGGUUCAUACUUGAGACCUUUCUCAGUGGCUCAGUUCCACAAAUUCAGUGCUUUUACCAAGUUUCCUAUUUGAAAACCUUUACUGUACUGCUGUUUAAUACAUUUUUUUUUACAAAAAGCCACCUCUUAAUGGAGCUGUGUUAUGGAGGCUAUGAAAUUUUUGAGUUGGAGUUUAGGUAUUUAAUAAUUCAGUAAAAUCAAUGUUUUUAUUAAAUGAAUUCUAAAAUAGUUUAACCAAUUUUUGUACUGGGCUUAUAGUGUUAUGAACAAUGUAUAAUUUUAAAUGUUAAGAAAGGUAAAAAUGGUUUCAGUUAGGUUUUGUUAAUGAACCUUGAUGCCUGGAUGGACUUGUGACUGAAAGGUUUCAGGUCUUUUGGGUUUGUUUGUGUGUAUAUAUACAUUUUUAAUGAGGUUUUACAACCCUGAAGUUAAAGAGAUGGACUAAAAGAGAUUGAAAGUUCAGUAGGGGAAAAAGGGAAAAAUAGAAAAAGUUUACUGUUGCUUAGCAACAGUCAUCAUGUGACACAAACACAGAAAAAGACAUGAGCUGAGAGAGGGGAUUUCAUUGUGUGUGUCAGAGAGAGAGAGAGAAGACAGAGGUUUGAAGCUUUCUGAGAAGAAAAUCUGCAACGUUAGUGGGACAGUAGUAAACUCAAUAAUCAGUUAUAGGACUCAUUAAAGUGAUUAGUUGAGCAGAUGUGCCAUUGGAAGACUGAGUUUAGAAAACUCAUUUGUUAACUCUGAGGUGAAGAAUCAGUGAGUUUAGAGUGCAGUUUUUGGGUGUCUUGGGGAGAGCUACAAGUUAGGUGAGAAGCAUCAAGAAAAUGCUUAGGAAUUGACCAGAGGAAAACCAUUUGCAACUGUGCCAGUCCCAAGUGAGAAGCCUUUGUGUCAAGCUAAUGGUAAUGCUUCACUGGUUUAUGUGCCUGUAAAGAUAUUGCUGGGGUAAAGGAAUUGUAGGAAUUUGAAUUGUAUUCUUGUUUUUGUGUUGAGAUCUUUCCAACCUUUUUGU